AACUCCUUGAGGAAGCUUGGUCGAGUUAACUCUGACAGCUGAGGAUUUUUUUUCCAACCAAGCCUCCGCCUGUCCAGCAAAGCACUCACUGACCGUGAAACAGGGAAGCCGCAUCCGUGCUGAAAUAUUCGCUUUUAAAAACGGGAUUUGAGAGCUCGGUUUUGUUCACUGAAAAGCCCUCGGCCAUGCCCGUCGCCGGCAGGAGGGAGCUGGGAGUGUGUCCAUCAUUAUAUUAAGGUUGUUAAUUAUUUACAUCAGCCUCGACUCAGCCAUGGAGGUGUAGAUCGGGGCAGGUGAGGAGUCAUCAUUAUUCAGAAGGCCCUGUGCUCCACUAGCCUCCCCCUCAUCUCAGCAGGCAUGUCGACCCCCGCGUUGGAACUGAACCCAGCUGGUAGCCCCGUUCUGGAGGCCAUGGAGCCCUCCACCCCUCCCUCCGCUCAGGAAGCGGACCCCAACUCAGCGGGCAGCCCGGCGCUCAGCCCAGACUCCUCCUCGCACGAUGCCACCCUGUCUGUGCCAGCCUGCUCCCCGGCCGACUCCGACAACCUGAGCCCUGAUGAGCUGGAGCUGCUGGCCAAGCUGGAGGAGCAGAACAGGUUGCUAGAAGCUGAUUCGAAGUCGAUGCGCUCGAUGAGUGGCUCCCGCAGGAACAGCGGCUCCUCUCUGGUCUCCAGCUCCUCAGCCAGCAGUAACCUGAGCCACCUGGAGGAGGACACCUGGAUCCUGUGGGGCCGCAUCGUCAACGAGUGGGAGGAGUGGAGGCGCAAGAAGGACAAGCUGCUCAAGGAACUGAUCCGGAAGGGCAUCCCGCAUCACUUCCGGGCCAUCGUGUGGCAGCUGCUAGGCAACGCGGCGGACAUGCCAGUGAAGAACCAGUACUCCGAGCUGCUGAAGAUGUCGUCUCCGUGCGAGAAGCUGAUCCGCAGGGACAUCGCUCGCACCUACCCCGAGCACGACUUCUUCAAGGGGCAAGACUCCCUGGGGCAGGAGGUGCUCUUCAACGUCAUGAAGGCGUACUCGCUGGUGGAUAGGGAGGUGGGGUACUGCCAGGGCAGCGCCUUCAUCGUGGGGCUGCUCCUCAUGCAGAUGCCAGAGGAGGAGGCGUUCUGCGUGUUCGUCCGCUUGAUGCAAGAGUAUCGUCUUCGAGAGCUCUUCAAACCCAGCAUGGCCGAGCUGGGCCUGUGCAUCUACCAGUUUGAGUACAUGCUGCAGGAGCAGUUGCCAGAGCUGAAUGUUCAUUUCCGCUCGCAGAGUUUCCACACCUCCAUGUACGCCUCCUCCUGGUUCCUCACUCUCUUCCUCACUUUCUACCCAUUGCCGGUAGCCACGAGGAUAUUCGACAUCUUCAUGUAUGAGGGCCUGGAGAUUAUAUUCCGGGUGGGAAUGGCGAUUCUCCAGUACAACCAGACUGAUCUGAUCCAGCUGGACAUGGAGGGCAUGUCUCAGCACUUCCAGAAGGUGAUUCCUCAUCAGUUUGAAAGCUGCCCGGACAAGCUCAUACUGAGGGCUUAUCAGAUAAAGUACAACCCUAAGAAAAUGAAAAGGCUGGAGAAGGAAUACACCACCAUCAAGAACAAGGAGAUGGAGGAGCAAAUCGAAAUUAAGAGACUACGGACUGAAAACCGUCUGUUGAAACAGAGGAUUGAGACCCUGGAGAAAGAGAGUGCUGCUUUGGCAGAUAGGCUGAUUCAGGGUCAGGUGACUCGUGCUCUGGAAGCGGAGGAGAAUUACGUGAUCAAGCGGGAGCUGGCCGUGGUGAGACAGCAGUGCACGGCCGCCAGCCAGAGCCUGGAGAAAGCGCAGGACACCAUCCGGGAACUGCAGGAGCACAAGGGGGACCCGCGCUACACCGCAGAGUUCGCGUCAGAUCUCCAGACUCAGCUGGAGCAGUCCCGGCUACAGGAGGCAGAGCUGCUGGGGGCCCUCAGAGAGAUGCAGGACAAGGUGCUGCACAUGGAGAAGAGGAACAGCCUGCUCCCCGAUGAGAACAAUAUGGCUCAACUACAAGACGAGCUGAAAGCAGUGAAGCAGCGGGAGAUGCAGACCCUCAACUCCUUCAAAGAGAUGCAGUCGCAGAUCUCUGACCUCAACGAGCACUGGCAGCUCCACAUGUCUCGCUCCUCAGGAGGAGGGGGUCACUGGAAGGAAUCCCCCAAAAAGAACGCCCUCAACGACCUGCAGGACAAGCUGAUGACAGCGAGGCUGAGAGAGGCACAGGCCCAGGCAGAGACCAGGGAGCUCCGACUGCAAGCAAUGCAACUGGAGAGCCAGAACCAGAUCAACAGCAACCUGCUGAACCGUCAGGAGGUAGAGAGCGCCGCCCUGCAGGAGAAGCUGCAAUACCUCGGCGCGCAGAACAAGGGCCUGCAGACCCAGCUGAGCGAGAUGAAGAGGAAACAGGCUGAGUCAGACUGCAAGAGUAAGGAGGAAGUGAUGGCGGUGCGUCUCAGAGAGGCUGACAGCAUGGCUGCCGUGGCUGAGCUGCGCCAGCGAAUCGCAGACCUCGAAAUCCAGAAGGAAGAGGGUCGCAUUCAAGGCCAGCUCAACAACUCGGACUCAAGCCAGUACAUCAGAGAGCUGAAGGACCAGAUCGCUGAGCUCAAGACUGAGAUCCGUCUUCAGAAGGGCCACCAGCAGCGCUUCAAGGACCCGAUGACUGCGUUUGACGGGAUCCACAUCGUGAAUCACGUGAUGAGGGACGGCGAUUCGCUGAGCUCGGACGAGGACCUCCUGCCCAGCCCCCUAGCGGUGGGUGGGCUGCAGGACGCCCUUUACCCUUUGAACCCCGGCAGUGCCUGCUUCCUGCGCGGCGUGGAGAAUCCUGGGAAGGACAGCGAUGGCAGCACGGACAGCGAGCAGGAGGAGAGGACCUCUGCGGCGCAGCUGUACGCACACAUGGUCUGUGGGGAUAAUGUAAACAACUUGGAAAACUGAGACCAGCAAGUCACAUUACUAGCAUUCUAAUUAUUAUUACUGUUUCAUUUAAAGACUGACCUACCGGUGGCAAUCGCCAGGACUAAUCCUUAUCACAACACUGCAACCCUCGUAGAAUUAAGGACACAAAGUCCCCCGAGCACAAUACCGUAUACUGAAAACAUGUGCCGGCAAUUGCAGCAGUUUUCACGCCAAAUUGUACGCAACAGUAUGCUUUUGCAGCACUGAAACUUAUUGCCAAAUGUACACAUGGCAGUGUGUUUGUGUGCAAAGGAGAUUUUUGUCAACACCCCGUCAGGAACUUUUCAAACCUUCACGACAUGUGAAUUUGAUUGACACACACACACACACAUGUAUAGUCUUCCAUACCAACUAUUAAACUAUGAUAAAAACACAACACUAAACCCCCCUUGAAUUAAAGGUUGCUGCAUUUCUCAAAAAAAGACAGGAACAAAAACUAAGCACUUCUGUACUGUCACAAACACUGCACUGGCCCCUGCAGUGACCACAGUCCAGUCCUGCACAGAUGAAUACAUCUGAAACUCUGGGUGUGGGAACCAGAUUUAAAAAAAAAAAUAAAAAAAAAUGAAUUCACUUCUGCACUGCGUCACCUAGCAAUCACUACACUGCCCCAUCCUUCCUACCGUUCCACUCCUCCCUACAGUAUUUCUUCUAAGUCUUUACCUCCAAUCUUUUAAGUCAAGCCUCAAGUCUGGUAGCACCUCGAAAGCACUCGAUUCAAGCAUAGCAGCAGUGGAACAACUUGGUCUGAAGCAGACAAACUGCCCCCACCCGUUCUUGAAAGCGGGCACUACAGUACUGCACUGGAGACCUGCAGGGGAAGUUUGUGCCCUCAUUACAGCGUGGAGUUUCACAGGAUCAAACCAGGCAACAGAAAAGGCUUGAGACAAACAAGCGAACAGUUCAAAGAGUGGUCCUAUUGAUCUGAAGCUUAACAAUCUGGAAACUGUACACUGAUCCAGAGUAGCCACAAUUAUUUUUGGUCACGUUUUAUUUUAAGGGCCGCCUAUUAACUAUUAACAGCUAAUAAACAUGUUUCUGUUAAUUGUUAGUUAAUAUAUAAUAGGCUAGUUAAAACUGCAAACAUGAACCCUAUGGAUGAUCAAUACCCAGUCGAUCAUAUACUUGAAAUCGGUUCAAAUUGUUACUGCAGUAAUGUUUAGCAAAUUAAAUCAGGUUAUUAUUAACUGCAGUGCAGAAGAGCCGGGCUUGUCUGCAUUCGUGGUGAUAGAGCUUCUAACCUCAUCUCACCGACCGAGAACAGCGUCCAUAACGGCAGUGCAGCACACAACACUGCCUGUUGCACUAGUUUAUAAAGAUCUUAAUGUAUAACUCAAAAUGAACAACGUUUGUUAACAGUUAAUAAACUAAAAAAGUGGCCCUUCAAAUAAAACGCGACCUUGAUUUUUUUUCACUGCCACAGACGAGAGUGUGCUGCUGUCAGCCACGUAAACGAAUAAAACUGGUCUUCCAUGCACUGUACUGUACGUGUGAGCGGGGGCUGUUGGAAAAUCUGCAACAGGAUGCGUUUCUGUCUGUGUGUCAACCAUGUCUGAAGCAACUCACUGCGCCGCCCACCAUGCAAACUUGCAAUCGUGCAACACCAUGCUGCUUAACGAAAACAUGCAAUCAGAAGCCCAGUGUCUGAUUAGCACACUGAGUGAUGCAUGCUUUGCUGCUUCAAAGCCCCUUCCUUAACUUCAUUCCCUGAGAGAGGAGAGGACCCGCAAUGUCACAACUGAACAUCAACACAACAUUCAUCUCCUGGACUCAUUUGAUGCCACGCCAUCAUAACAUUUAAACCUGAGCCUGGGUUUAGUGUACCUGAACUCAUAAUAAAACCUGGGCUGGCUCAAACUGCUGUGAAACGAGAUGCCUGCUUCUGUUUGUGCAUGGGGCGGGGAAUCCAUGCAGAGUUAAAUUGAACGGAAAGAUGUGUAGCCCACAAACAGUGCUUUAGUUUCAGUUUUAUAUUGGAGAGUGAGAUCAGGUACAAGGGAUGAAGGAUUGUGGACUUUUUUUUUUGGAAACUCACACGGGACUGUGGGGGGAAAAAAAAAAGACGUAUUGAACAGUAAGUUUUUUUUUUAUUUAUGUAUUUAUUUAUUUAUUUUAUUUUUGAUAAUAUAAAUAACUAACUUUUCCUCUGGCAUCAGAUAAUUCCCUGUCCCAACACAUUUUCAUUAGCCCAUGCACUCCCACAUCCAAGGUGUGGUUUUCCGUAAGGAUUUGAAAUCCCUUCUUAUUAUCCACAGUGCCAUUUUCGCUGCUCCCCUUAUCACUGUGCUGCCGAAGUCCUCAUUUCUUAAAGGGUUAAUCCUGUUAAAUUCUUUCUAGAGCAUCGCUCUCCUUGCACUUACAAUAAUCUGUUUGCAACUCUGGCAACGAUGUGCUGUUGGGCUUUUCUGAAUCUACAGAACGGGUGAAUAACCGUUAAAUAAACCUUUUAACCACUCCCUGGGAGCUGUUUAAGCACUAAAAAGUAAGCCGAGUUUAAAAUCAUUUUUACAAUGCUGCUCCACACACUCAUCACAGAAUGAAUUUCUCUCUCUCUCUGUCUCUCUCUCUCUCUCUCUCUCUCUCUGUAUUUAUAAAUAUAUUUAAUCGAAAUAUGAAUAGCUGAUAUACAUAGAUUAUAAAUAAGUAUGUAUAUAGAUAUAUCCGUUUGUGUGUGUGCGUGUUGUGCCUUUAAAAAAGGCAGACCUAUUUGGAAUUGUCUUACUUGUAUUAUAUUAAGAUUUAACUUCAACACUACGUACUGUUGCCAAAUCCUGUUAUUUUGGGGGUCCUUUUUUCUUUUUUUUUUCUAUAAACUUUAUACCAGUGGUAGCCAAACUUUUUUUCUGUGCCAACACGGACCCAAAGUUAGAGGGUAGUGGUUAUGAUAUCGAUAACAAAUAAAUAAGACAAGAGAAAUCCUGAUCUGAUCACACUGAACGUGGGACUUGAAUUAAAUUGCUACGGUACAGGUUUGUGUUCCAACCCAGUCUUCAUACAGAUAAGCUGCUUUCUGAGAUUAUGGGCUGUAUUUUCAAAGCGUUUCCUCCAUUCUUUAAUUAACACCGAUUUAUUUUUUUGAAAGGCGAGGAAAUCAUGCCGAUGAGAAGCGAAACAGCUUGAGAGGGCUGAAGAGAACUUGCCAUGUAUAUCUCUUAGCAGUUCGGGUUCUAGUUCUGUAAAAUUAGCAAAGUGUGUUUAUCUUGUUCAAAAAUAUAGCCCAUAUUUACUGCAGUCUUUAAUUAACUCCUAUUUUGAUGACAAUGCAUCAGUAACACUGAAAAACAAAAUCUUAAUUCAGAACACAAGUGCAUUUAUUUAAUUUGAUGCAUUACAAUUAUACUUAACUUUUGCAGUUAACAAAAUUAGAGCAAGUUAUCAUAACAAGAUAGUUAAAGAGAAAAUAAAAAAUAACAGGCAGUUUAAAAUACCCCCAAAAAUACAAAGAAAUCAAAUGAGGGCAGUGGCACCUAAUGGGUUAAAAAUGUGUACGAGACCUGCAGUCACAUGACAUGGAUGCCUGCUAUUCAUUUUGUGCAAGUUUAAUAGGUGUUUGUACCCUUUCAGAAAAACAGGAGUUAAUGUUAGACCACUUAGUGCUUUAAUUAUGCAUCUAAAAAGUCUCCUGCAUUUUAUCAUUUGUGACUGUGUGUUCCUUUUCUCUUAUUAUUUUAAAUGAGUCGCAUGUGUGGCCUAUUAGGUAUCAAUUAAAUUAGACAAUCACUAAUUUGCCUAUUUUGAUAAUUUUCCAAGAUUUUCAGUUCCAGUGGUUUGAUUCAUAUGUAGAACAAAUCAAAACUAAAUCGGUGUUGUCUUUCCCCUCUGACUGGAUGGAGUGAUUUGUUUUAUUGGUGCGCGGUUGCGUUGAGAUCGCUGUGAAGAACCAAAGCAGACCGCAUUCUAGAAUUUCAAAGUAGCAAUGCUACCAUGGGGUUUGGCUCCACAAGAAGUUGUGCAAACGCUAUUCAGUGAAUCGUGUGAAUUGCUGAUGGUGCUAAAGUUCCCUACAGAGGCCGGUGAGUUGCUUGAUGUAGCUUGCAGUGGGACGAAAAACGAGGCAGAGAUUCAGUGAGGUUGCAGUGUCUCAGAUUCAGUGAGGUUGCAGUGUCUCAGAUUCAGUGAGGUUGCAGUGUCUCAGACAUUCAGUGAGGCUGCAGUGUCUCAGAUUCAGUAAGAUUGCAGUGUCUCAGAUUCAGUGAGGUUACAGUGUCUCAGAUUCAGUGAGGUUGCAGUGUCUCAGAUUCAGUGAGGUUGCAGUGUCUCUGAGGUUCAGUGAGGUUGCAGUGUCUCAGAUUCAGUGAGGUUGCAGUGUCUCAGAUUCAGUUAGGUUGCAGUGUCUCAGAGAUUCAGUGAGGUUGCAGUGUCUCAGAUUCAGUGAGGUUGCAGUGUCUCAGACAUUCAGUGAGGUUGCAGUGUCUCAGGCAUUCAGUGAGGUUGCAGUGUCUCAGAUUCAGUGAGGUUGCAGUGUCUCAGAUUCAGUGAGGUUGCAGUGUCUCAGAGAUUCAGUGAGGUUGCAGUGUCUCAGAUUCAGUGAGGUUGCAGUGUCUCAGACAUUCAGUGAGGCUGCAGUGUCUCUGAGAUUCAUUGAGGUUGCAGUGUCUCAGAUUCAGUGAGGUUGCAGUGUCUCAGACAUUCAGUGAGGUUGCAGUGUCUCAGACAUUCAGUGAGGCUGCAGUGUCUCUGAGAUUCAGUGAGGUUGCAGUGUCUCAGAGAUUCAGUGAGGUUGCAGUGUCUCAGAGAUUCAGUGAGGCUGCAGUGUCUGAGAUUCAGUGAGGUUGCAGUGUCUCAGACAUUCAGUGAGGUUGCAGUGUCUCAGACAUUCAGUGAGGCUGCAGUGUCUGAGAUUCAGUGAGUUUGCAGUGUCUCAGACAUUCAGUGAGGCUGCAGUGUCUGAGAUUCAGUGAGGUUGCAGUGUCUCAGACAUUCAGUGAGGCUGCAGUGUCUUAGUGCAGGAUACUAUUCCGUUUUUAUUUUAAGGUUGAGUUAAAUGACAGAUUUUAAAGAGCGACUGGGUAUGAGGGUUAAAUAGAUUCUUGCUGUUUUAAAUUCUCUUUGAUGGGAUCGUGAGAGCUGUAUUGAGACUACAGGGGUGCUUUAAACUUCUACAAAGCGCAUCUAAACGAGAAUAGUGACAGCACUGUAUUGAAUAAUAACUGAAAGCUCCCACAUCUUUGCUGUAAGAUUUGUUACUGUGCAUCUUAGCAAUGACCACUAACCUGAAUACUAGCUGAUAACAUCCCAGUUAUCCAGCGCUGCCCCCCUGCACUUUUAAUAAUAAUAAUAAAAUAACAAUCACUUGUCCUUGCCUUGUACAGUUCAAACUUUUUAAAAAACCCCUCGAUUACAAUGACUGAUGUCCUUGUGUAGAAAUUAGCUAUCGAAUACAAACCCUGCCUGGUUUUCAUUUGCAAUUUUUCCUUCGUUUUGAAAAACGUUAGGAAGGGAGCGCUCUUCCUUCAGACACACAGCAGCCUCAUUAAAUCAGACGGGCAGUACCGUAAAGCUUGUGCGAUCGCAUUAAGUUUACCAGCUUCUCUACAAGUGAGGACAGAGUAGAGAGUCUCUCUUGCAUUUCAGUCGUUUGAAUGACCGCAGACUCUGGAUCAGGGGAACACAGUACUGAGAAAGAUUUAUCGAAAGGAACUUCACAGUAUUUACCAGUGUCAAAACGCAGAAUGUAAAUCGUCCAGGUGACUCCUGAAUUAUUUUGUAUGCCCCGGUCUAUAUGAGAUGUAAAUAUGUAUGUCAGACUGAGGCUAAUGUUCGGUGUCACUGGGGUAGUUUACCUGUUAACGUGUUUUUAAGAAAACAGGAUUGUCAAUCCAGGGACUGUGGUUAAUGACACUGCCAGGCAUUUAAAGGAUGGGGCUGGGUACAAUGCAUCCAGAACCGCAUGCUCCAGUUUUUUUGUAUUCCCGAAGCAGAGCUAUACAAUACAAAGCUGUACGCCUGGCAAGAUUAUGCUCAUCAUACAGUACAGUGUGUUGUCGUUUUUCUUUCCGUAAUACGUGAUGCAAGUUUGAUCAGCAUCUAAUAGUUUUAACAUUGAUCUGCUUCCACCCAGUCCCGUAUAUUUGUUUAUUUAUUUGCUUAUUUAUUUACUACCAGGGUUGGGUUCAAUUCCAAUUCCAUUUCCAAAUCAUUUUUAAAAUCAAUUCCCAAUUUCAAAAGCAAUUGGAAUUGAUAUUUUAGAGAUAUAAUAAUUGUUGUGAUUGUUCAUCUGCUUUCAUUUGAAGCCAAUUUAAUGGACUAACAAACAGCGACUGCAAUUGGGAGCGGUGAUGUGUUGGAAGUUGAUUAAAAGGGAAUUGAAAUUGGGAUGUAUUUUACAAUAGAAAAUGGAAUUUGGAAUUGGAAUUUAUUUUACAAUAGAAAAUGGAAUUUGGAAUUGGAAUUGGAAUUUAUUUUACAAUAGAAAAUGGAAUUUGGAAUUGGAAUUGGAAUUUAUUUUACAAUAGAAAAUGGAAUUUGGAAUUGGAAUUGGAAUUUAUUUUACAAUAGAAAAUGGAAUUGGAAUUGAAAAACAGGACGACCCCGACCCGGAUCCAGUACUUUGACAGCAAAAUAAGCAUAAUUUGUUGUAGCAACACUUCUGUGCAUGCAUAUUUUUACCAAGUUAUUGGUGAUCCAUUCAUGCUCAGUCCCUUUUGAAGUAGUGUUAAAUGCCUUUGCCUGUAUCGGUCUGAUGUGUUCAGUGCAGAUUCAGCAGGAUUGCGCACUUUUCUGAUUAAGGUAGAUCUAAAAGUAAACCGAUCUGGGAGCAGGAAUAGUAGAUUUGUCUAGACCUCCUUGCCGUGACAAUGCUGUUCUGAAGCUCUUUAUGCAGCAUCUUCAAGAAAUUGUUCACCAAGAAUACAUGUGCUCAUUUGGCAAAGCUUCUGCUCCAAGCGGACCUGGGUUCAAUUCCAGUACCAUCUUUCUUUUUUAAUAUAUAUAUUUUUUUUCAUCGAAAGGGUCAGUUUUAUGGUAAACAGGGUACUUGCAAGAACCCCCUUUUUUGUUUAUUUAUGAAUGCAGAUCUUUGUUCUGCGUUUUAAACGGAGGCAAACUUUAGUGUUUGGUCACUAGAAAAAGAAAAACAUAAUCAGUAUUGUGUGCUGAACUGUUGAGCACUUUAAGCCAAAACGAGGCACAUAACAAUGCAGGUUUACUAAAUCACUCUAAUUCGCAGUAGUACUGCAGUGGUUGGGUUAGAACUUAUUCUGUAAUGAAAAGACUAGGGGUGUGCUGAUGCUCAGACUCGUGAUUGCCUUUCAGAAGCAUCGAUCGGCAGGUAUUAAAUAAAUCCAUUCAUUAACGUGAUUUCAAAACAAGAAAAGCCGUCCUUCCCUCACCUUCACAAUUGAGUACCAAUCAGUGGCGAUUAACAUCUACGUUGAGUGUUUUAAAAGCCGAUCAUCCAGGACGCUCAAUUGCCAUUGAUUGGUACUUAAUUGCAAAGGUGUUGGAAGGACAGCCUUUCCUGUUUUGAAAUCAGGAAAUGUCAAAUCGCAUACUGAUAACCUCUUCUGCUUCUGUAUUGGGGGGGGGGGGGGGAAUACAUGUAUAUAUUUUGUAUUUAUUUUAUUGUUAUUUAAAAAGAAAUCUUUAUAUGAAUUCAGAGUCUGCCAUUUACAUUUAGAUUAUUUUGUUUGUUUUUUUUUCUGUCCUCUUACGUUUUUCUGUCCUCUUACGGCUCUUCUUGCAAUUAAUCAAAUUCUUUCAAACACGUUAAUGUUUUUUUUUUCACUUGGAGUUCAAGUCGCUCCUCAGUUCUGGUUUUCUGCCUGUAAUAAUUUAGAUCUUUAACAUCAUGUCAUCAAAGAAACUACAAAAUGAUAUCGCAAAAGUCUACCGGAAGCCAUAAUAGUAGUUGACGGUAUGUAAUUCAGUAUGUUAAAAUUAUUCAGUAGAUUUCAUUGAAACUAAAUUAAUUCAUUCUAUAGGGUGAUGCAAAACUUUUGGCCAGAGGAGUAGGAGCAAGCACCAUCUACUACACAGCUAUACAUUUCAAUAACAGCUCAACUCUCUUUACAGAAGUAACUGCCAGCUCCCUUUUGUUUCAGCACAUGGCCCUGCCUUUACUUCUUGUAAAGACACUUGAUCUGAUCUAGCCUGUGUUACACACGUCCAUGGCAGGCAGCUAGGACUAAAGAACAGCCCCUGAAUGCAGAGUGAAAGUCCUGUAUUAACACAAAAUAAAAAACACAGUAUUUGAGUAAUAGUUGUUUGAGUAUUUGAGUUAAGCGUCACUAACAAGGGUUGCAAACAUCAUAAAAGGGUCUGGAGAUCGAAAAAGAAAAUGAGACACUGUAAUCUCUGAAGAGGUUUUUUUAAUAUUAUUUUAUUUCAGAGGGAUACAGGGUGUUCACAUGAAUGUGAGGAUGUAAAUUUGCAAGAAAAUAAAAUUGACAUGAGUUUUUUUAUUGUUAUUUAAUUUAAUUUAAUUUAAUUUAAUUGCUGUUUUUUGUUUGUUUGUUUUAGUCGUAUAAGAAGACAGUGUUCUCACCAGGCGUUUUAAAUGCCCACAUGACCAGGUGUUUUAAAUGCCCACAUCACCAGGUGUUUUAAAUGCCCACAUGACCAGGCAGGAUGUGAUAAAACCCUAAUCUAAAAACAGAGCGCUUAGAAGGUAGAUUCCCACUUAAAACAGCUGCUACUGGAGACAGAAAAAACAAGGUCCCUAACCAGAUUGGAGGUUUAAAGAACGCUGCAUUUUGCUUAUUACAUUUCUGGUGCUCCCUUGUGAGAACGCAUAACCACUUUGAAUACUGCUGGUAAUUAUAUGCAGAAAAAUCUGAGUGGCCCAGUUUACAUGUUCAUACUUACUCUGAAAAGGCCAGAGAAAUAUCGAACCAGUCAGCUGCAGCACAACUAGACUCUUAAGAUUCGGAUGUAGAGACUAUACAUGUAAGGCUGCAAUUCUUUCAAGCUAGCGCUGUUUGAUGGAAUUACAGUCAUAUACGCACAGUCGGAGUGUACAUUUUAUAAGUACUUGCAAACUGUUCAGAUUCUAUAGUUUCUCUGUUUUCUUACAGUCGUAUUGAAUUUGUGCACUGUUUUUUCAUUAUUGCAGCAUUUUAUUAAAUUUGUAUAGGUGUAAAUGUUUACUGAUAAUUGUUGUCUUUUAUUAAAUAGUUAAAUUCAAUGCAAAUAAUUCUAGAAGGACUCCAGGAUUGGAGUCAAGGACGUUUCUGUAGCACUGUUCACCACAACUCUGGAUAACGAUUCUGGUGAGAGCACUGAUCCAUCUGCCUGUAGUUUAUUUUGUGUACAUGAGGGAGAACACAUGAACUCACAGAAAAGACAGUAUAGCAACUAACCAGCUAGCCGUAGUCGUAGUAAUGAUGAGAAUACGAGUAAUAAUUCAUAUUUCAUAAUCCUAUAUCAAAUGGUGGUGGUCUCUCCCUGUAUUUCUUGUGUUCGUUGAUGCCAUGUAAUGCUCUGCUAGAAAAUAAAUACAUUUAAAAAUAUAUAUAUAACAUUUCUCUGUGACUUUUACCAUUUGCUGUCUUAAAACCUUCGUAACGAAAGGAAAUACAACAUUUGAGUGUUCUGUACUUACAAAAAAAAGAAAGAAAAAAAGAUCAAAUAAAACAUUUACACCAUGAA